AAGCUUCCUUCAGACAUUUUCAAAUAGUCCUUUACGCCGAUAACACAACGUGUUUUCGCGACGUCUCGCUGUCAGUCGCGACUCGGCGCCGUGAUUCUGCGUUCGAUUCGAUUGGUUUACGAGUGACUUCCUCGAGAGACACGGUUGCCUCCUUGGAACCCAUUCAACGUCCAAGUGACUCGAGAUAUUCCAACUGGCAGACGCAGACUUUCAAUUAAUCGUCUUUCUUUUUGUCAACGAUAAUUACCGUAAUCGAUGAUCCUCGUUGAACGGCGAAAAAUGAAAAUCAAGGGCGGCUAAUUUCCACGCCACUGUUUCUACCGAUCCGUUCAGUGGCCUCGAAUAAUCCCGCGUCAAUAAGCAGUCAAGUGCAAAUCGGGUUUCUUUCGCCGCUAGCCGCGUUGCCUUUAUCGAACAUCGUCUCUGCAUUUAGCGAAGGCUAGCCCUUCAACAUGAUAAUGUAUAUUCCUGUCUUCUGCAUACGUUUCAAGUGGCUCUCGUGCAGAUAGCGAACCGUACCUACUUCGCUGUCUCUUCCCUUAUCAAUGAAAUUGUCCCUGAGGCGUACUCGCGUUCGAGUGAUCCUCCCCGACGAUACUUUUCAUUAUCGAGACUUUCGUGAUUCUCGGAGUGUUAGAUUCUGCCGAGGCUUACGGCAUGUAUUUCAAUCGAUCGACUAUCGAGCCGCCAAUCUGCAUAUAUUUCAUCCUGCUAUUUCUGAUUUUUCUGUCGGGCAACGUUCAACAGAUCGAAGGUAGAAAAUGCGUAUGCACGAGCAAGGCCUGUAAAGAAGCCGGUGUCGACACGUGCAAGACCAAGUUUUACUGUUACACAGAGUUGAUCUUGACUGGAGACCAAGAAUUCGGAGGGAAUGCUACGACAAGAGGAUGCACCGAGGGUGCCACGCCAUUGUUAUGCGAGACAAAGUCCUGGGUCACGAGGUCGAAGUCGAGCGACAACGUGGACCGAUCGUCGGCUGCUUGGAUCCGUAUGCCCUGGCCCAGAUUGAAGUGUUGCGACAGCCACGACUACUGUAACGCCGAUCACCGCAUAAACGUGUCCACGUGGAUCCACGACAAAGAGACGCCCGAUGCUGUGGAACCCACUUUAGAUUACACCGGUUCCUUUAAUGGGAUGUCGUCGAGCCGAGACAUAAUGGGAUCGAUUCAGCCGGAUCCAGGGCCGAUUGCCGGAGGUCGAGAAUCGCCGGAUCAAUUCCUUGAGAAUCGCGUUAAACCGCUGCACGUUGCUGCGCUGGUCUUGGCGAUCGCUGCUCUGAUAUCGGUCCUAGCAGCCUGCUACGUUAUUACAAGAUUCUUGAAAACAAAUCCAUACACCGUUGGCAGCGUGGAAUAACGAAGAUCCUUACUUGUAAUCUUUAAGCCUCGAAACUUUCCAACAAUUAUCACCAUCUCCUUUUAUCGGAUUAAAGGAAUCAGGGCGAUGGGACCCGGUGGCGUCGAACGGAUGCGUGGAAACGUGGGAUAUCAUGCGGUUUGAAGAGUCAUCGAUGGAAGGCAUGACGAAGCUCGACGAGGGACAGUUUUGGGCAAACAACUCGUUGAAAUCUUUUGUUUCCAAGGGUAUGACUAACAUCGGGCUGCGCCUCUUAUUUGAAUUCCGUCCUCCCGGUCUCACGGGUCUAAAACCAGGUGCUUCGCUUGUUUCCAUGUAAUUAGUCAUCCUCGGGGCAUGCACGUAGUUGAAAGAAAGAAGCACAUACUUGUGUAAAGCGUGGAAGAAUCGGACAUUUUUAGGAUGGUGGACGAAUUUGGUGAUGAUCGUUUGGUGGUGAACGUUUGUUAUAUGUACGACGUUGACUCUAUACUAAAUAUGACGGUAGACAAGAGCCAGUGUUGGAGUCAGUGUGCACGUCGAACGAUGAUACGAUAAGUUAUUAUGCGUACAAGAAACUGCAUUCCCGUUCUAAUGGAUUUACAUCUUGUUACGAUUGUAAAUAAUUUGUAUAAGAAUAGCGUAAGAUAGUAAGUAUAUUGAGGCGUAAAAAUAGUAGAAUACGUUAGAUCC